AUGGCUCUCAAAGUCCUUAUCUGUGGUGGGGGGUGUGCGGGACCAGCUUUGGGCUUCUGGCUUGCUCAAGCUGGGCACCAAGUUACAAUUGUCGAACGCUUUCCUGUUUUAAGAGCCACUGGUGCUCAAAUUGAUCUGCGCAGCCAGGGAAUUGAAGUCGCCAAAAGAAUGGGCCUCCUAGAUACCAUACGAAGCAAACUUGUUGAUGAAGACGGUGUGGCCAUCGUUGAUUCCCGGGGAAAGGUACAUGCUACUUUCAUGGCCAACAGGACAGGCAAAGGAGCGCAAUCCUUGACAUCGGAAUAUGAGAUCAUGCGUGGGGAUUUAAUUCGCGUUCUCUACAAUGCUACGAAGGAUAACGUCAAAUACAUAUUCGGCAAAUCAGUCGAGUAUUUCGAACAAGACGAGAAACGAGUAUUCGUGAAUUUCUCCGAUGGCUCGUCAGAUAUCUAUGAUAUCCUCGUUGGCGCAGACGGACAAGGGUCUCGUAUUCGCAAAGCUAUUCUAUCUCCAGACUCCCCAAAUCCAUGCUUCAGUUUAGGUGCGCAUAUGGCCUACUGGUUCAUUCCACGAGAGGACCAAGACAGCAACAUCCGUAGAACCUAUGGAUGCUCGGGAGGCCGAAUGAUUAUGCGUCGGACCCACAACUCGAAAGAAACUCAAGUAUACUUUACACUCCGAGAUUCUAAUCCGGAAUUAGCAAGCAUCCACAGAGCGUCUGUUGAACAACAGAAGGAGUUCUGGGCCCAGCGAUAUCGGGAUGCUGGAUGGGAGACUGAGCGGUUCUUGAAAGGAAUGAAGACAACCAAUAAUUGGUACUGCCAGGAAGUCAUUCAAGUUCGCACCGACACGUGGUCCAAGGGUCGCGUAGUCCUGCUCGGAGACGCAGCAUACUGCGCCUCGCCUUUAAGCGGGAUGGGAACCACGGGAGCUCUUGUCGGGGCCUAUAUUCUAGCAGGCGAGAUCUGCCGAAACCCAAAUGAUCUUGCAUUGGCAUUUUCCAAUUACGACACAACUCUACGGCCAUUUGUUGACGAGUUUCAAAAGAUCAAUACUCGCCUUAUCCGGUUGGCGAUGCCUGAAUCUGAAUGGGGCGUUGCUCUUAUACGCUUCAUGGCCUGGCUGGCCUGCUUGUUCCAUAUUCCGCAGCUUCUGGCGCGAUUUAACAGCGAGAACAAGGGAGGGUUGCUCGUUCCAGAUUACCCGGAGCUUCGGUAG